ACUUGGAUUUUUUUUUUUUUUUAAAUCCACUGUGGUUUCCUCUCCGAAGGAAGACGGAAAAGCUGCUCCCUGGCCAGCAAGAAGCCCCCAACCUGGAUGGAUUGAAAGAUGCGGCCUGAUGACAUCAACCCGAGGACUGGGCUGGUGGUGGCCCUGGUCAGUGUCUUCCUGGUCUUUGGCUUCAUGUUCACUGUCUCUGGGAUGAAAGGAGAGACCCUGGGAAACAUACCCCUCCUGGCCAUCGGGCCAGCCAUCUGCCUCCCAGGCAUCGCGGCCAUUGCCCUGGCCAGGAAAACUGAGGGGUGCACCAAGUGGCCAGAAAAUGAGCUACUCUGGGUCCGAAAGUUGCCCUGUUUCCGGAAACCCAAGGACAAGGAGGUGGUGGAGCUGCUGAGGACCCCUUCGGACCUGGAGUCAGGCAAAGGCAGCUCGGAUGAGCUGGCUAAGAAGGCAGGCCUCAGGGGGAAGCCGCUGGCCCCGGCGCAGGCUGAGGCGCCCGUGGCCAGCGCCGUCACUACCCCCACCCCCACGGAGGAAGGAGAAUGCCAGAGCCUGGUCCCCAGCGGGCUGCACGAGGACACAUCCAGAUACCUGGACGGCUACUGUCCCUCAGGCAGUUCCCUCGCCUGCAGUGCCUUGGAUGCCAAGUGCUCGGCCUGGGACAGGUCCGAGUGCCCGGAGCCCGAGGACAGCAUCUUCUUUGUGCCCCAGGACAGUAUCAUCGUGUGCUCCUACAAGCAGAACAGCCCCUAUGACAGAUACUGUUGUUACAUCAAUCAGAGCCAAGGCAGGUGGGACCACGAGACCAUAGUCUAA